AUGGAAUCGGUGAUGACUUACUGGGAUCCCGCCAGGAUCCUUGGGCGUUCCGCAGAGCACGACGGACCACGCUCAGACUCGGACAAGUUUGCGCUCGUCGUGCUGAACCAACCACUACACCACCUCAAAAUUACACGAGUAUUAUGGGAUAAUGCACACGUUCGAGUUGCUGCAGAUGGCGGGGCCAACGCUUUGUAUGAAGCAGCCGGAAAGCAUGGGGAUUUGUCCUUUGAUGGCCUCGCUGCCAUCGUAGGCGAUCUGGACAGCCUCACCACAGAAACACAGUCCUACUACGAAUCGAGAUCCGCAAAAUCAGCAUCCAACCCCUUAACACAAGUCAUCCAUGAACCCGAUCAGGAGUCUACAGAUUUCUUCAAAGCCGUAGCCUAUGUGCGGAAACAUUACCAUCACUCGAGCGGCAACGACGAUGCAAACCCUUGCCGUCCUCUCGAUAUUGUCGCCAUCGGUGGUCUCGGUGGUCGUGUCGACCAGGGUCUAAGCCAGCUGCACCACCUGUACCUGUUCCAGCCACCCAAGCGCGAGUAUGCGGAUGGCCGCGUGUACUUAUUCAGUGGGGAAAGCCUGACAUUCCUGCUGCACCCGGGCGAACAUCGCAUUCGUGUGCGGAGCCCACUUCAAGGAGGCGAGAAGGAUGUUUUUGGGAAACACGUCGGCAUUGUACCAAUUGGGACGACAAGCCGGAUCACAACAAGAGGAUUGGAAUGGGAUGUGACGGAUUGGGAGACACGCUUUGGCGGGCGAAUUAGCACAAGUAACCAUGUCCUACCAGAAACGGAGGUCGUGGAGGUGCAGACGACGAAAGAGGUGUUGUUUACCAUUGCGCUGAAGCAAUAG